GUGACUGAUAACAACCAAAAGUUUCGUGCGCAUACGAUUAUUACUUAAUAGGCACUCUUAAAUCUUAAUUUUCUCUAUAUUAUAGCGAUUUCACAUUUAUCAUUACCAAUAAACAUUGAUCGUGCGAACGGAAAGUACAAUCUCAAACGGUUAAUAGUCUGGUACUUGCUGUCUUGUUCGCUGCUGCGUCUGUAGCAUCACCUUCUGCGACAGGAGCGCGGAACAGACACGACACGGCCAUGUGCGAAAAGCGUAAAGUCAUGUUCGUGUGUUUGGGUAACAUCUGUCGAUCUCCGAUGGCCGAGGCAGUGUUUAACGAAGUGGCCAUGCAAAAAGGUGUAGCCGACAAGUGGUAUGCUGAAAGUUCUGGUACAGGGGGAUGGCACGUAGGGUGUUCACCGGACCCACGGACGAUGACUGUACUGAAGAACAAUGGUAUAAAGUACAAGCAUUCCGCGCAACAGUUUGACUUGGAAGACUUGAACAAGUUUGAUUUCGUUUUUGGAAUGGAUAAGAGUAACGUGGACUUUAUCAAUCGCAAAAAACCAUCGGAUAAUACAAAAGCGAAAAUAUUUAUGUUAGGGUCAUUUGAUCCGGAAGCAAAAACCACCGGUAAAACCAUUAUAGAAGACCCAUAUUAUGAUACAGAUCUUCGAGGAUUCGAAAAAUGUUUUCAACAAUGUAUGAGGUCUUGUCAAGCAUUUCUGGACGAAUAUAAUUAAAUUUUUUUUUAUAACUUUUAUUAAAUA